UGCUCCUCUCCUCUCUCCUCUCCUCCUCUCCUCCUCUCCUCUCUCACCUCCUUGUCUCCUCGUCUCCAAUUGUGUUUCCUACCGAAUGACAACUUGUUUGUCCGUUAGCGCAUUGACUGCACACACACACACACACACUCUCUCGCUCUCUCUCUCUCUCUCUCUCUGCUGCUCCGCCGGCUGUCCGGUGCGCCUCUGCGGGUUGGUUCGGGACGGGUACCGGGUUCAAUUUUUUUAUGAAUGAAUAACGAGACCCGGGGAGAAAUGCGAGUGACCGCGGGACUCCCCAGCAGCAGCAGCCGGGCUCCCGGGAGGGGGGGCCGCCGCCGAUGAGAGGGAUUAACCGGAGCGCGAGCCGCGCGGCUCAUUGCGGAUAAAAGCCGAGUGGCGCGGAGCCGCCGCACCGGGAGCGGCGCGCGCGCCUCGGCGUCGAGCAGCAGAACCGAACCGCGGAGACCAUGUUCAUCCACAUCGUGGCCCUGGGCAGCGAGUGCCCCGGGGGCCCCGGGUCCGGGUCGGGGGAGGAGCUCAUGGGGCAGGGCCAGCUCCAGGGGGGCCUGCUGUGGAGCUACCUGGGCCAGGGGGCCCUGGUGAGGCCCUGCGACCUGGAGAGCAGCACGCACAACCCGGCCUUCAUGGAGUACACGUCGUGUGUGUUCGGGGACGUGACGGUGGUGGUGCGCGACUGCCCCAGCUGGGACUUGCUGGACAGCGAUUGGACGAGCGUGCGGAAGGUUCUGGAGCAGGCCGACAUCCUGGUCAUCAAAUACUCGGUCACGGACAAGCUGGCCUUCCAGCAGGUCCGGAACGGCUACGCCCCCAAGCUCCGCCCCCUCCUGAGGCACUGGGGCGUGCCCGUCAUCCUGGUGGCGGUCGGAGCGCGACUCAACGACGAAGGCCCUCCGUGCACGUGCCCGCUGUGCGCGUCCGAAUGGAGCAGCUGCGUGCCGCACAGCGAGGGCCUGCAGCUGUCCCGGGACCUGGGCGCCACCUACCUGGAGCUGCCCUCGCUCAACCACGUGUUCGUGGGCCGCUACUUCGGCAGCGUGCUGGAGUACUUCAUGAUUCAGUGUCUGAAGCAUAAAGCCAAAGAGAGGCCGGAGAAGAGGAGAGGAAACCAAGCCAACGACCUGCGGCCGCCUUACCUGGAGCAGCCAGCACGUCUCCCCCCCAUCCGGGUGGAGGAGUCCAGCUUCUCCCAGGACCUGCAGUGGCUGUUGGAGCGCGGCGUGCAGUUCGCCGACGUGGCGUUCUACGCCGGGGAUUCUGGGAAGGAGCUGGGCUGGGCGCACGCGGCGGUGCUGUGCGCCGUCAGCCCGUACUUCAGGCAGCUGCUCCUGGGGCCCAAGAACAGGGAGCGCCCCCAGUCGCGGUGUGUGUGCAGAGAGCGUGACGGCGGCCCCCCCUCGCUGCUCUCCACCUUGGACGGGGGCAUCGUCGACGACACGCCGCGGACGGACGGGCACCCGACGGGACGCCUCUCCCGCCUGGUGGUGAAGGACCCCCUGCUGUGCAUGUGCCUGUGGGAGACCCUCAUGUUCAUUUAUAGAGGGGCGUGGGAGUGGGACCACCUUCAGGAGGCCCUGGAGGAGAAGCUGAAAAACUCCCAAGCUGUGACUCAGCUGAUGGAGCGCAUACGAUCCCUCAUCGGCAGAGACAAGGUCACCAGGGACACACCGAGCGCCCGGGCGGCUCAGCUCGGCCCCCAGACUCUGGUGAACCUCUUCAACUCUCCUCUUUACUCUGAUGUCAUCUUCAUGGUGCAAGGGAGUGUGUUGCCGGCCCACCGAGCCGUGCUCGUGGCCCGCUGUGAUGUCAUGGCCGCCAUGUUCAGUGGGAAAUACGCAGAAGCUCGAAGUCGAGUGGUCCCGAUCCACGGGGUCUCCUCGGACACCUUCCUGUCCUUCCUGGAGUACCUGUACACGGACUCCUGCUGCCCAGCCAGCGUGCUGCAGGCCAUGGCCGUGCUGGUGUGUGCCGAGAUGUACCAGGUGAAGCGUCUGCAGCACCUGUGCGAGGUGUGUGUGUGCGCCUACCUGCAGAGCAUGCCCAGCCGAGAGCUGUCGUCCACGGGCAUCAGCGUGGUCCGCCUGCUGCGCCGGGCAAAGUGCCACAACGCGGAGCAGCUCUACGUCUGGCUGCUCCACUUCAUCGCCAACAACUACCUGACCUUCAGCCACAAGCCGGACUUCCUGGAGCUCUCAGAGGAGGAGCGCGAGCAGGUGGAGCGUCUCCGCUGGCCGUCCAGAGGCUACCUGCAGGAGCUCAGCGAGUACCAGCAGCGGCGGCGCAAGCUGCGCAAGUCCCGCUGCGUCGUCAUGUGA